AUAAAGAAAGAUACGGCAUCGUCCUUAUAAAUACAAGCAGCUUACAGUGCUUCGAAUGGCCGUCACUCUCGUUGCGUCUCUCACUUCUUCUCUCUCAUCUUCUUCGCCAUCUCUCUUCUCCCAUUCUCGCUCCUUCUCUUCUUCUUAUUCUUCCCGUUUCUCGAGAUUCUGGUUUUCGCCUGGUUUCAGGCUCGCUUUCGCAGUCAAUCCGCUCUACUCCUCUUCCAGAGCCAGAGCCAUGGCUCAUACCCUCGCACGCGCCACCCUUGGCCUCACUCAGCCCAGUUCCAUCGACCCUCCUAAGAUCUCGUUCUCAGCGAAAGACGUCGAUAUGACAGAGUGGAAGGGAGACAUACUCGCGGUUGGUGUAACGGAGAAAGACAUGAAAAAGGACGACAACUCAAAGUUCGAGAACCCGAUCUUGAAGAAGCUCGACGAUCAUUUGGGUGGACUCCUUGCAGAAGUCUCGUCCGAGGAGGAUUUCGCCGGAAAACCAGGCCAGUCAACGGUUCUGAGGCUUCCGGGUCUCGGGUCAAAGCGGGUCGGAUUGAUCGGUCUCGGAUCCAAAAUUUCAUCUCCAUCGACUUUUCAGAGCCUCGGUGAGGCUGUUGCUGCAGCUGCAAAAUCAGCUCAAGCUAGCAAUGUCGCUAUUGCUCUUGCAUCCCCAGAGAGUGUUUCUGAUGAAUCUAAGCUCAUUUCUGCUUCUGCCAUUGCUUCAGGCACUGUGCUCGGCAUCUAUGAAGAUAUCAGGUAUAAGACAGAAUCGAAGAAACCAUCUCUCAAAUCUGUGGACAUCAUCGGCUUUGGAACUGGUCCUGAACUAGAGAAGAAGCUGAAGUAUGCCGAAGAUGUUUCUUCCGGUGUUAUUCUCGGCAAGGAACUCGUCAAUUCUCCUGCCAAUGUACUGACCCCUGCUGCUCUUGCCGAGGAAGCAAAGAAACUUGCUUCAUUGUACAGCGAUGUUCUCACUGCAAAUAUCUUGGACGAGGAGAAAUGCAAAGAAUUGAAGAUGGGUUCCUAUCUCGGUGUAGCUGCUGCCUCGGCGAAUCCUCCACAUUUCAUUCAUCUUCUCUACAGACCUUCAAGUGGACCUGUUAAGAGAAAGCUUGCUCUUGUUGGUAAAGGUUUGACCUUUGACAGUGGCGGCUACAACAUCAAGACCGGACCCGGCUGUUCCAUUGAGCUCAUGAAGUUUGAUAUGGGAGGUUCAGCUGCAGUUCUUGGUGCUGCUAAAGCCAUCGGUCAAAUUAAGCCUCCCGGUGUUGAGGUUCAUUUCAUCGUUGCGGCCUGUGAGAAUAUGAUAAGUGGGACUGGAAUGAGACCCGGUGAUGUUCUCACGGCCUCAAAUGGAAAGACUAUCGAGGUCAACAACACUGACGCUGAAGGAAGACUUACACUUGCCGAUGCUCUGGUGUAUGCUUGCAACCAGGGUGUGGAUAAGGUUAUUGACCUCGCAACGUUGACGGGAGCAUGUGUUGUUGCUCUUGGACCAACAAUUGCAGGUUGCUUUACACCCAGUGAAGAACUGGCACACGAGAUCUUCGAUGCGUCUCAGAGCAGUGGAGAGAAGCUAUGGAGAAUGCCAUUGGAAGAGAGCUACUGGGAGUCAAUGAAGUCAGGUGUGGCUGAUAUGGUCAACACAGGUGGCCGUCCUGGUGGUGCAAUCACUGCAGCUCUCUUCCUGAAACAGUUUGUGAGCGAGAAGGUGCAGUGGAUGCAUAUAGACAUGGCGGGACCGGUUUGGAACGAUAAGAAGAAGGCUGCGACCGGUUUUGGUGUAGCCACGCUCGUGGAGUGGGUGCAGAAGAACUCAUCUUCUUAGAUGAAAUGUGGAUACAGAGAAUGGCUGAAACAUAGAGGGAGAGGGGGCCCUAGCUUUCAGGUGUUUUGAGUUGUUUUUCUGUGUCUUGAGUUCAAAACCCUAGUUUCAAUGUCGGAAUCAUGGCUUUAGAUCUUCUUCUUCUUCUGUUCCCUGAAAAGCGACGUAUCAGAAGAUAUGGAAUAAAGGGUCUUUCUUUCUGCUUGUCUUCUCCA